AUGGACCUCGAGACAAGGGUGAAAGCCUACCGUUUCGUGGCCUACUCGGCUGUCACCUUCUCUGUCGUCGCUGUACUAUCCGUAUGUGUCACAUUGCCGAUGGUCUACAACUAUGUGCAUCACGUGAAACGAACCAUGCACAAUGAGAUCAAUUUCUGCAAGGGCUCAGCCAAAGACAUAUGGACAGAAGUUCACAACCUCAAAAAUCUACCAACCGCCGCCAAUCGUACCGCUCGUCAGGCCGGUUAUGGAGACGCGGCUGUCACAGGAGGAGCGCAACAAGCCGGAUCAUGUGAGGCAUGUUGUCUUCCCGGACCACCCGGUCCCGCGGGUACUCCCGGAAAACCUGGCCGCCCAGGAAAACCCGGAGCUCCUGGACUACCAGGAAAUCCAGGAAGACCGCCACAGCAACCCUGUGAACCGAUCACUCCUCCUCCGUGCAAGCCUUGUCCACAAGGACCACCUGGACCACCAGGACCUCCAGGACUACCAGGAGAUGCAGGACCACCGGGACAACCUGGACUACCAGGACAGGAUGCACCACCGGGUGAACCUGGACCGAAAGGUCCACCUGGUCCAAACGGAAACCCUGGAGCACCUGGCGCACCAGGAGAACCAGGAAUUCCAGCACAAUCAGAGCCUCUUAUUCCCGGAGAACCAGGUCCACCAGGAGAGCCAGGUCCACAAGGACCACCCGGACCACCUGGACAACCAGGAAGCGAUGGAGCACCUGGUCAACCAGGACCCAAAGGUCCGAAUGGUCCUGACGGACAACCUGGAGCUGAUGGAAAUCCAGGAGCACCUGGACCGGCUGGUCCUCCAGGACAACCGGGUGAACGCGGUAUUUGUCCGAAGUAUUGCGCUAUUGAUGGAGGUGUCUUCUUCGAAGACGGAACUCGGCGAUAA